UGCGGGUGGAACGUCUUCCUCUGAAGGAGUUAAGAAGUGCCACACUAUGAAUGUUUGUUUACAUUGUCAGCUCAGGGGAAAUUUACGACUUCCUACCAGGUAGGGGUGUUUGAUUUGUUUACCCCAAACCACCGACAGCACAGUACAGGUCAUUUUGCCGACUUGGAGCAUUUCAUUGUAUUUUAUUGGUUCUUGUAACUAUUUUUAAAUCUAUCGGCUCUAUUGGUGUUACGUACGAUUGGGGAAGGAGACGACACCACGAGGAAGGGUUGUUGUAAGUGCGUGUUGGAUGAAUCCUUCGUCAGUCCAGAGGGGCGAGGCAAAGAGGUAAUCCAUGGACAGGCAGGUGGUCGGGGGCAGGAGUGAAGCGACAGGGUCCGUGUCCAAGCAGAGGUCGAGGAUCGAGGGAAGCAGUCCGGAAUCCAAUGGGAAGCCGAGCUUGAAACCCUUGGCCCAGACCCUUGGAGUUGUGACUUUCAAAACAAGUGCUCCUAUCUGGAAAUCAAUCAAAGAGAGAAGUGAGUGUUCCAGGUACGUCCACUGUAGAGGACAAUGGCCCUAAGCGACGCCAGCCAUGAAGGACGCGCUCCUGUCAGCGCCGACACCAACGCACCUUCAGCACGCAGCAAGAAGCAGGAAGUUGUCUCAGCGGCUUCCUGUGGAGAAGACCUUCCUGUCCACAAGACCAACGGACUAAUCCAAAACGGUGGAGUUGGCCAACACAACGGCGCCCACAGAACGUGCCCCCUUGCCCCCCCCACCGAAGGACAGCAACUUCCUGUGACAGUGUCCUUAAGCGCGACCUCCACAUGUGUCUGUCCGUCACAUGUCUGCUGCCAGCAGUGUAGCUUGUGCUGCCCCCUCCUGGCCGCUCAUGCACCUGGCACGGCAAGCUGCUCAUGUUGCAAUUACUCCCGUCGUGAUCUGCACCACCAUCAACACCUGAAGUGUCCACCACGUCCCGCUGGACUCACCCCCACUCGACCCUUUCGAUUCCCGAAAAGUUAUUCUGAGCUGAUCGCUGAUUGGCCGGUGGUAGUUCUGGGCGUGUGCACACUUCUGAUUGUCGUGUGCGCGCUGGUCGGAGUUCUGGUUCCGGACCUGCCCGAUUUCUCGGACCCUCUUCUGGGUUUCGAGCCUCGAGGGACUCCUAUUGGUCAACGCUUGGUCACAUGGAACAACAUGGUGAAGAACACGGGAUACAAAGCAACACUCGCCAACUAUCCCUUUAAAUAUGCUGACCAGCAGGCCAAAAGUCACCAAGAAGCAAAGUGGAGUGAAGAUCAUGUGGAGCGAGAGAGACGACAAGCUCAGUGGGACUUUAGGAAAGACUUCUUCUGUGACGUGCCUGGUUCCAGCUACUCCAGGCUGGUCUUCUCAUCAGCCGAGGGCAAGAACCUGUGGAGUAUCCAGGCCAUCAAAUCCAUGUGCAACCUGGACAACACUCGGGUGCGCUCUCACCGCGACUAUUGGAGCUUAUGUCAGCGCACCAACGACGCUUCCUGUUGUCCCAGUUGGACUCUGGGUAAUUACAUCGCCGUCCUCGCCAACAGGUCCUCCUGCCAGGUGAUCACCGAGCGCGACGUGUCGCACACACUCAAGAUCCUGCGCUCGUGCGCCAAGUACUACCACAACGGCACUCUGGCGCCGGACUGCUGGGACGUGGCGCUGAAACGCAAAGAUCAGCUCAAGUGCGGCAAUGUUCCUCGCAAGUGCACCAAGUACAACGCUGUCUACCAAAUACUGCACUUCCUGGUCGAUAAGGACUUCCUGAGCCCGAAGAGCAUGGAAGCACCUGUGCUCAGGUACAGCAUGCUCUUCUCGCCCACGGAGAAAGGAGAGUCCAUGAUGGACAUUUAUCUGGACAACUUCGAGAAAUGGAACUCUUCAGACGGCAUCACUACAGUGACCGGCAUCGAGUUUGGCAUCAAACACGAGCUCUUCCAGGACUACCUUUUGACGGACACGGUGUACCCGGCCAUCGCCAUGGUGAUUGUCCUGCUGGUCAUGUGUCUGUACACGCGCUCCGUCUUCAUCACCCUGAUGACCAUCAUCGCCAUCAUCAGCUCCCUCAUCGUGUCCUACUUCCUCUACCGCCUGGUCUUCAACUUCCACUUCUUUCCCUUCAUGAACCUGACGGCGCUCAUCAUCCUGGUGGGGAUCGGAGCCGAUGACGCUUUUGUGCUUUGCGACGUGUGGAAUUACACCAAAGUGGACAAGCCCGACGCCGAGCUGGCAGAGAUGGUCAGUGUGACUCUGCAACACGCCGCCUCGUCCAUGUUUGUCACCAGCUUUACCACCGCCGCUGCCUUCUACGUCAACUAUGUCAGCAACAUCACCGCCAUCCGCUGCUUCGGCGUCUACGCGGGGACAGCCAUCUUGGUCAACUACAUCCUUAUGGUGACGUGGCUCCCGGCGGUGGUCGUGCUGCACGAGCGCUACCUGCCCAAUGUGCUGCCUUGCCCAAAGCCCUCGCGCCAGCGCGGCGAUUUUUGGAUCCAGAUGUUUCUGGCGGGACUUUGCCAGAAGGCCAACACUUUUCUGUUUAGAAUCUCUGAAGCCUCGAGAAUUUUCUUUGAGAAAGUUCUCCCCUGCCUUGUCAUCAAGCUGCGCUACCUGUGGCUCCUUUGGUUCCUCGGUCUCGCGGUGGGCGGCGCCUACGUGGUUUGCGUCAACCCCAAGAUGAAGCUCCCGUCGUUGGAGCUGGCCGAGUUCCAAGUGUUCCGUUCCUCGCACCCUUUCGAGCGCUACGAUGCUGAGUACAAGAAAGUGUUCAUGUUCGAAAGGGUGCAUCAUGGAGAGGACCUGCAUAUGCCCAUCACCAUUAUCUGGGGCAUCAACAACGUGGAUAACGGGGACCCCCUCAAUCCCAAAAACAAAGGCAAGUUGAUGCUGGAUAGCAGCUUCAACAUUGCCAGCCCAGAUUCUCAGCUGUGGAUCCUCAACUUCUGCCAGAAGCUUCGAAACCAGACUUUUAUUUUUCAGUCAGACGAGCAGGACUUCACCAGCUGCUUCAUGGAGACCUUCAAGCAGUGGAUGGACAACCAAGACUGUGAGGAGGCUUCCGUGUUCCCGUGUUGCAGUCAGUCCGUGUUCCCCUAUAAGCAGGACGUGUUUGAGUUGUGCAUCAAGAGAGCCAUCAUGGAGUUGGACCGCAGCACCAACUACCACCUGGACAGCAAGACUCCUGGACCUCGCUUUGACAUCAACGACACCAUCAGGGCCAUCGUGCUGCAGUUCCACAGCACCUUCCUCUUCACACUGGCCUACGACAACAUGCACCGCUUCUUCUACCAGGUGGACGCCUGGAUCAGCGAGGAGUUGCGUCACGCCCCGGCCGGCCUCAGUCACGGCUGGUUUGUCAGCAACUUGGACUUCUUCGACCUGCAGGACAGUCUGUCCGACGGCACCUUGGUCGCCAUGGCACUGUCUGUGGGCGUGGCCUUUAGCGUGAUGCUGCUGACCACCUGGAACGUCAUCAUCAGUCUGUACGCCAUCUUGUCCAUCGCCGGCACCAUCUUCGUCACCGUGGGCUCCUUGGUGCUCCUAGGCUGGGAGUUGAAUGUCUUGGAGUCAGUCACCAUUUCCGUGGCCGUGGGACUGGCGGUGGACUUCGCCGUCCAUUACGGCGUGGCCUACAGGCUGGCGCCGGAGUCAGAGCGCGAGGGAAAGGUGAUCUUCUCCCUCAGCCGGAUGGGCUCCGCCAUUGCCAUGGCGGCCCUCACCACCUUCAUUGCGGGCGCCAUGAUGAUGCCCUCCACCGUCCUGGCGUACACGCAGCUGGGCACCUUCAUGAUGCUCAUCAUGUGCAUCAGCUGGGCCUUCGCCACCUUCUUUUUCCAGUCUUUGUGUCGCUGCCUGGGACCUCAGGGCGCCUGGGGGCAGAUCCCGCUGCCUGCCAAGUGCCGGCCUUUCUCCCGGGGCACCGAGGCGGGUGCCCGAGGGAAGUAUCGGCUGGACGCCGGUCACGCGGCUGCGCAACAUUAUGAGCUGGCGCCGCUGGCGUCCAGUCGGAACGCUGAAGAGGAUGAAGAACUUUGGAAUAGAUUACUUUCCCAGCAGCAAAGUACUCCCGCUUGUGAUAGAUUACUUUCACAGCAGCCAAAUAGUCACACUUGUAAUAGAUUACUGUCACAGCAGCAAAGUACUCCUGCUUGUGAUAGAUUACUUACACAACAGCCAAGUAGUCACAUUUGUAACAGAUUACUUUCACAGCAGCCAAGUAGUCACACUUGUAAUAGAUUACUUUCCCAGCAGCAAAGUAAUACCAUUUAUGAUAGAUUACUUUCACAGCAGCCAAGUAGUCACACUUGUGAUAGAUUAUUUUCCCAGCAGCAAAGUUGUCACACUUGUAAUAGAAUACUUUCCCAGCAGCAAAGUACUCCCACUUGUAAUAGAUUAUUUUCACAGCAGCAAUGUAGUCACACUUGUAAUAGAUUACUCUCAGAUCCGCAAAGUAGUUCCACUUGUAAUAGAUUACUCUCAGAGCAGCAUUGUAGUCCCACUUGUAAAAGAUUACUGUCAGAGCAGCAAAGUAGUCAGACUUGUAAUACCUUACUCUCAGAGCAGCAAAAUAGUCAGACUUGUAAUAGAUUACUCUCAGAGCAUCAAAGUAGUCAGACUUGUAAUACCUUACUCUCAGAGCAGCAAAAUAGUCAGACUUGUAAUAGAUUACUUUCAGAGCAGCAAAGUAGUCAGACUUGUAAUAGAUUACUGUCAGCGCAGAAAAGUAGUCAAACUUGUAAAAGAUUACUCUCAGAGCAGCAAAGUAGUCAGACUUGUAAUGAAUUACUGUCCCAGCAGCAAAGUACUCCCACUCAGGUGAAGGAGAGCACCUGCUGGUCGGGUCCUGAACAGCAGGCAUACAACACAACACACAACACAAACUGCUCAUGUGGGGAACGUCCUCCUCAGUGGACGCUCCUGGACUCAAACCCUCAACUGGUGCCGGAGGCAGCACAGCAUUGGACGAAGGAGACCUUUUGCACGGAGGAGCUCCUCCCACAUCCUCACGUGCACGGCUGUAGCCUGCCAGGAGGAGCGAUGCACCCAGAACAUGCACUCGCUGCAAACAUGGCAGCUGCCUCAGAACCUUUGAGCAACCACCAAGUCCAACCUUGUCACGGUUUACGGUCCGAUCAGAUGCUCGAAAAUCCAAGGACUCCAACGAUGACUCGCACAGCUCAUCGUCACGGUAACACACACGCACCAGCACAGGUGGACACACGCUGGGAAAGUGCAAAUGAAAGUAAAAGUGAAAGUGUGGACAAGCAGAACUUGCCAAAGAAACUUUCCUGUUUGAAAGUGAACUCUGUUUCAGACUUGAAUUUGCCAAAGAGUGAAAGGAGUUUUUCUCCAGUUGUAAUAAAUAGUCGCUCUUCUCAGAGCUUAUGCUAAUACACAUCAUUCAUAGUAGUUCAUCAUAAUAUUUAAUCAUAGUACACAUAUUUCAUCAUAAUACACAUCAUAGUAUUUCAUCAUAAUACACACAAUUUUUCUUCAUUAUACAUAUCAUAGUAUUUCAUCCUAAUACACACAAUAUUUCAUCAUAAUACACUAAUGGUAUUUCAUCAUAUUACACAUCAUGCAUAGUAUUUAAUAAUAAUAAACAUCAUUCAUAAUACUUCAACAUAAUACACAUAAUUCAUAGUACUUCAUCUUAUUACACAUAAUUCAUAAUAUUUCAUCAUAAUACACAUAGUAUUUCAUCAUAAUAUACACAAUAUUUCAUCAAAAUACACAUCCAUAGUAUUUCAUAAUACACACAUUUCAUCAUAUUACACAUCCUUCAUAGUAUUUCAUCAUAAUACACAUUAUACACAAUAUUUCAUAAUACACAUUCAUAGUAUGUCAUCAUAAUUCACAUCAUGAAUAGUAUUUCAUCAUAAUACACAUCAUUCACAAUACUUCAUCAUUAUACACUUCAUUCAUAGUAUUUCAUCAUAAUACACAUUCAUUGCAUCACAAUAAAAUAAUUAAAACAUGAACAUACCGACUUCCUGUUGAGUGCAAAGUAAACGUCACAAAAGCAUUCAACCAUGCACAUAACUUCCUGUUGAGUGCAAAGUGUCACAAUAAAAACAUUAAAAUGUGCACACACUGACUUCCUGUUUUGUGCAAAGUAGACGUCACAAUAAAAGCAAUAACACAUGCACACACUGACUUCCUGUUCAGUGCAAAGUAGGUGUCACAAUUAAAGCAAUAACACAUGCACACGCUGACUUCCUGUUCAGUGCAAAGUAAGCAUCACGAUUAAAGCAAUAACACAUGCGCACACUGACUUCCUGUUCAGAGCAAAGUAGAUGUCAUAAUAAAAGCAUUAAAACACACACAUACUGACUUCCUGCUGAAUGCAAAGUAAGCGUCAUAAUAAAAGCAUUAAAACAUGCACAUACUGACUUCCUGUUUAGUGCAAAGUAUGCGUCAUAAUAAAAGCAUUAAAACAUGCACAUACUGACUUCCUGUUGAGUGCAACGUAUGUGUCAUAAUAAAAGCAUUAAAACAUGCACAUACUGACUUCCUGUUUAGUGCAAAGUAUGCGUCAUAAUAAAAGCAUUAAAACAUGCACAUACUGACUUCCUGUUGAGUGCAACGUAUGUGUCAUAAUAAAAGCAUUAAAACAUGCACACACUGACUUCCUGUUAGUGCAAAGUAAGCGUCAUAAUACAAGCCCCGUUUCAAUAUGAGUUGGGAAAUUGUGUUAGAUGUAAAUAU